AUGCAAGUCAAUCUAGACGACUUUUUGAACGCCCUUGAUGAAGUCAAACCCGCAUUUGGUGUUGCCGAAGAGGAACUCAAGUCGGUUAUUCAAAACGGGAUCAACAAAUUCUCUCCUCCAAUCGAUGAAAUUCAUCACGAUGGCAAACUGUUUGUAGAACAGGUUCGGAUGAGUACUUGGACGCCCUUAGUCAGUGUAUUGAUACAUGGUCCUCCUGGUUCUGGAAAAACUGCUUUAGCUGCAUCAAUCGCACAAGCGUCCGACUUUCCAUUCAUCAAGUUGAUCGCACCCAAAAAUAUGGUACAUUGGCGUCCCUGGGCCGCCCUAAUUUUUGUGAAUGGUGAUGUCCUGGGGACGGCAUCCCGUCCCAGGGACAUCUCAGGGGCAAUGGCAUCCCUGGGAUGCACUGAUUUUUCUGAAGUGCCCUGGGUGUGUAUUGGUUCAGAGGUCGCGCGAGGUUGGAAGAGGGCUGCGGCCGCAGCGGAGAGCGCGGGGCCGCCGUACUUCGUUCCGUGUGCGACAUUGCGGUCCGGUUUUGAGCUCACUAGAAGCAUUCGGGCAGCCGGUGCUGAUUUCGAUUCCGGUCAAUACCAACAACAGCCGGCGACGUCCUCCACCAUUUCCCGGCUUCCGAUUUCUUCCGCGGUCUUCGAUCGGAUUUGCGAUGCAUCGACGACAGGUAAGUGGUUUCUUUCUUCUCAAAAGUUCUAUUAA